AUGACGAACGAAUCUCAACAGAUCCACGGUGCCUGCGGCUGGAAACCGGAAUCUGUGAUCAUUUCGCUGGUGUUUUCGCUCAUUUUCCUGGUGGGUACGGUGGGGAACAGCUUGGUUCUCGCCGUGCUGCUGCGGAACGGUCAGAUGAACACGAAAACCACCAAUCUUUUCAUUCUCAACCUCGGGAUCGCAGACCUUUGCUUCAUCGUCUUCUGCGUGCCGUUCCAGGCCACCGUCUACACCAUGGAUGAGUGGGUCUUCGGUGCUUUGGUCUGCAAGGCUGUGCACUUCGUCAUCUAUCUCACCAUGUACGCCAGCAUCUUCACGCUCGCGGCGGUUUCUCUGGACAGGUACCUGGCGAUCCGGUACCCGCUGCGCUCCAGGGAGCUGCGGACGCCCCGAAACGCGGCGACGUCCAUCGGGCUGGUGUGGGGCGUGUCACUGGUGUUCGCUUGCCCCUACCUCAGCUACUACGAGCAGCUGAACCUGAACGGCACGGUGGUGUGCAUCCCCGCCUGGGGGUCCCGGGAGCGCCGGCUCAUGGACGUCUGCACCUUUGUCUUCGGGUACCUGGUGCCCGUGCUGGUGCUGAGUCUCACCUACGCGCGGACGGUGCGCUACCUGUGGACGGCGGUCGACCCGCUGCAGGGCCUGUCGGAGUCGCGGCAGGCUAAGCGCAAGGUCACCAAGAUGAUCAUGAUCGUGGUGGCGCUCUUUUGCCUCUGCUGGCUGCCCCACCACCUGGUCAUCCUCUGCAUGUGGUUCGGCAACUUCCCCCUCAACCAGGCCACCUACGCCCUGCGCAUCCUGUCCCACCUGGUGGCCUAUGCCAACUCCUGCCUCAACCCCAUCGUCUACGCCCUGGUGUCCAAGCAUUUCCGCAAGGGCUUCCGGAAGGCGUUCGGGUGCGGCCGGCGCAGGGGGGCGGUGAACAGGGUGCACGUGGCCCCGGCCGCGCACACGGUCAGCACCCUGGAGGGCGGCUCCACCGAGCUGUCCCACAUGAGCAAGGCCCCCGUGGCGGCCGGGGGGCGGGAGGGUUUUAGCAGGACCGGAAGGGGUCGCUCCUGGGGCAGGGUCACCAGCACAUUCAUGACCCUCAGCGUGACCUAG